AUGGAAACGACGCAGAUGGCUCGAAGAGUUAUCCGAUGCCUACGGACCAAAAAGCGCAACAGCGUCGCGGAAAUUCUGGCCAGCGCGAACAUCAGCGAAUCAAAGACCUCGCUGCCGCCAGGAGUAGAUCCCGAAUAUCUCCUCGCUCUUAUCAGACCGAUGAUCGCCAUCAUCCGCCACUACGACACCGAGCUCAUCACACACCCCGACCUCUCAGAGGAAGACAUUGACGCCGAGGUGGAAUCUAGCGAAAAUUUCCACGACGAAUUGGCUCGAGUGGUCGCGAGGCUGACGGUCGCGAAAAACAAGGCCGCCGUCUCAACAUCCGUGUCUGAGAUGUUCCGAUCCGCCCGCGAGUCGACAGUCCCGCAGGCCUCGACUCCAGCUCGGAGCACACUUGCCGGCCUACUCGACGCCGAGCGCGACAGUCUGCUCGCGGAGCUUCGUAAGCUGAGUCGAGUGAAUGAUCCAUUCGAUGUCAGUGGUCUCCGAAAAUUGUCGACCACAGUCCAGCGUAAUGUCAAGGUGCUGGCAACCAUGGGCAUUCAACUCAUGUCUCUCGCGCCCUCGCUCAAGUCAUCUCUCGAGGCCGCUCUCCCCGUUCAGCUUCGACGAGAAUUCAGGGAGAAACAGUGCGCCAAGCGGCAGUUGGAAGAACAACUGAAAAUUCUCUCCCCCGCGUCAAAUCGAACCACAGACAACGAUGAGCAGCCGCUGGAAAAUUUGUCAACAAAAACACCGGACAUCUAUUCAGAAGAAGUCCUACAGAUGAUCGAGUUUCUCAAGGUCCGUGUGGCUGAUUUGGAAGAUUCGAGGACUUUGGAAAGCGCCCUCGGCCCGGCGAAGGCAAGCGCCGACCAACGUUCCCGAGACAGUGCGCGAACGCGAAAUAGGACUCCUGAGCAUUCGCGACAAACGGUGGCCGCUGCGGCGGUCAAGAACCGUCGGCCGAAAUUCCAGCCACGACCGUGUUUGUUCUGUAUGACGCCUGACCAUAACUCCUCGAAACGUAAGGCUGACAUCCCUGUCGAACAGCGUCGCGAGAUACUCCGUCAAAAGGGCCGAUGCGUGCGAUGCUUCCGCGCAGCUCCCGCACUCGCGAGCGAAUGCCAAGGGAAUCGCAACCCUUGCGGCAUUUGCGGAUCGAAACUUCACUACAGCUCUAUGCACGAACCCGACGACAAACGAGGCGAGUGUGCGACCGGGGCAAGUCCCACCAACGACACAUUGCUGAUGACGAUUGAGGUUUUCAUUGUCAACGGUGGUUCGAGAAUACCCGUGCGUCUGUUCCUCGACAGCGGCAGCAGUCUCACGUUCAUCAGACCGGCCGUUCGCCAACUAUUGAGAGAGUCUCCCGUGCAGCGCGCGAGACUGAACAUUCAGGCGUUCAAGGAUCCCCACACUUUCGACGCACAGCGCUUCAGCAUCAGAAUCGGAUUUCUGGAGCUGCAAGCUCCCCGGCGUGUCACUCAAGACCUCUUGGCGUUCCGAACGCACGCCGGCUGGGCUAUCCAGGGUCCGACACCGGACGCAGCGUCUCCCCGUGUCGCGGCCAUAGCUGAUGUAUGCUGCUCUGCUGCUCUUGCUGAGCCCGCUGGCGAUCUCGAGCGACUAUGGACCAUCGACGCGAUCGGGAUCGACGACGGGGCUUCGACCACGUUCUCGGCCGGCGAACAGGCUGCACUCAACCAGCUGGCCGAGGGCAUCACCUACGACGGAACCCGAUAUACCGUGCCUUUCCCGAAAACCGCUGACCUUUCCGAACUCCCGAAUAACAAGUCGAUCGCGCUUCAACGAGCGGAGAGGAAGAUCGGUCUCCUGCAGCAGCGUCCGGAAAGCUACCAGCGUUAUGAUGACGAGAUCAUGAAACUCGUUCACAGCGGUUACGCUUCCGAGGUGACCGGUGUCCUUGAAGGGGUUGUGAGCGAAAUCGACGGCUCUUAUUUCAUACCUCAUCACUCGAAAUCCGUAGCCGAGCAUUUGGCUUGUCACGGGAUCGAGUCGCCAACACUCAACUUGGACGAGGGAAAGACCUUGAAGGUCCUCGGAGUCUCUUGGAACCCCAGCCAAGACUGCUUCCAAUUCUGCAUCCGAGAUCUGGCUCAGUUGGCCGAAUCUCAGAAGAGUCUGACCAAACGCCUUGUUCUUCGUUUGGUUGCUUCUGUUUUCGACCCGCUGGAAUGGCUCGCUCCGUUCAUCCUUCGGGGUAAGCUCACCGUACAGCAGAUGUGGACUUGGGAGAUGCAGUGGGAUGAGGAGAUCACUGGCGAGCUCAUGGUAGAGUUCGCUCAGUGGGUGUCCGAGUUCCAGGCGUUCCAGGAGUUCCGUUUCCCGAGACAGUACGCGCCAUCUAAUCAAAGGACAGUCGCUCACCGGCUCCACAUUUUCUGCGACGCGUCAACCCGAUCCUACGCCUGUGCAGCAUAUCUUCAGACGUUACUGGAGAACGGCUCGUCGGAUUUCUCGCUGAUCAUGUCCAAGUCAAGGCUAGCUCCGAAAAUACGCCUAACUCUGCCGCGUCUGGAGCUACUCGCUGCUUUGAUAGGCACCCGCUUAAAGACCUUCCUGGUGGAAAACAUGGCUCUCGGCUUCGAAAGGAUUUCUUUCUACACCGACUCGUCGAUAGCGUCUUUUUGGGCUUUGAGUCGCUCGAGCGUCGAUCAAUGGUUCUUCAUUUCCGGUGACAAGAAUAUCGCAGACUUGGCCACCCGAGGAAUCCCGGCCAAGAUUCAGACAGCGAGCGAGGAAUGGUGGUUCGGUCCUUCGUGGUUGAGGGAAAAUCCUGAGCGUCAGCCCGCCUCGCAGCCUCGUCUCAAGCUCAGCAAACUGGACGCCGUGCAGGUGGAGACCCGCAACACCGUAGCAUUCGACGACGUGUUUCGUCCCCUCAUCGACCUCGAGCGCUUCAGCACUGCCGCUCGUGCCAUCCGCGUCAUGAGUUACAUCCUGAAAUUCAUCGAUAUCAGCCGAAAGCGUCAGAUUCCCACCGUCGCCGAGUUGGCGUCCAAAGCAGAGACUGUCCUCAUUCGAACGGUACAGCAACAACAUUUGUUUGAGGAGCUCUGCGCGGUGCGAUCCGGAGACCGUGUGCCAAGCACGUCGAAGCUUGCCGCGUUCAGGCUGUUCAUAGACACGCACGGAGUUCUGAGAGCACGCACUCGGCUCGACCGGGGGUCGGCUUUCACAUACGAUGAGAAGAACCCGAUCUUUAUCCCUGGAUGUUCAAGAUUCGCAACGCUUCUCAUACUAGACACCCAUCGCAUCAAUGCUCACUUCGGAGUCAACACGGUGCUGAGUUUCCUACGUCGCCGCUUUUGGAUUGUCCGCGGCAGACAGAUCAUCAAGGCAUUACUCGCGAAGUGCGUCACUUGCCGCCGAAAACAUAGCCGUCCUUCCUCGCAGGUGGAGGCACCGUCGCCAGAUGAGCGAGCGGAGUUUGUCGCACCUUUCGCUGCCGGCAGCCUGGAUUCCUGUGGGCCUCUCUUCGGUCGCAUCAAAAAGGAAACCGAAAAGAUGUAUAUCGCGCUUUUCACUUGCUCCGCUACCCGCGCGGUGCAUUUGGAAGUCGUACCUUCGAUGAGCGCCAUUCAGACCCAUCUCGCCUUGCGACGCUUCCUUGCCUCGUACCCGUCCUGCCGCCUUCUAGUUAGUGAUAACGCCCGAUCGUUUACGAAGGCGGCAACAGACAUCAAGCGAGUCUUCAAUACCGUGAAGAACCCCGAAGUCCGCGAGCUUCUCGCCGGUCGUAAAAUCGAAUGGAAAUUCAUAUGUCCCAGAGCUCCGUGGCAGGGCGGUAUGUAUGAGAGACUUGUCGGCACGGUCGCGUCGACCAAGACAUUGGGACGAAGCUUCGUGAGUUACGAAGAAUUCCGCACCAUCGUUGCGGAGAUGACGGCAAUUGUCAACGCAAGGCCGAUCUCUCAUGUCUCUUCAGAUGUCGAUGAGCCCCUGCCGCUGACACCAGCCCAGUUCCUCAGAGGAGGACCUCAAUGCGCCCCUCUCGCGCAGAUCCUGCCACUCGACCGACUUGGGCCAGACGGAGCACUCCCGGGAGAUGAACUUCGACGCCAACUCGUCAAACGAACGGCUUACCUCGAAAGCCUAGCCGCGAGGUGGCAUCGCGAAUACCUGCUCCAGCUCCGUUCAGCGAAUUGUCCUCGCGGUUCGGAACAGGAACCCUACGCAGUCGGCGAAGUUUGCCUUCUGCGCGAGGAGAAUGUUCCUCGUAUACGGUGGAGCCUGGUGAGGAUCGAAGAUACGCACAUGUGA